CGAUAACCAAAGAUGGCAAGUAGCGUUGUUGCCAUGUCAAUGCGUUCGUUGCUUCUUCUCCGCAAAAUAUUCUCUUUUUCCUUUGUAUCCGCCUUGCUCGUGUGCGUGUUUUGCUUGUGCGCCUUUUUCUCCUCUCCUGGUUUAUCAAACCUUCUCCUCCCACUUGAGCAACAACAACAAGAGAACUGGUACUUGCUCUGCUUUUUUCUUCUUGUGUUUUCAAUCAAACGAUCACCGAUGACUAAACCAUGACUUCAUGACUACAACGACGACGACGACGACAACUCGAAACCAUAUAGUAAAACGAGAAAAAAAAGUGGGGGACGACGGCCUCAUGUUCUUUUGUCCUCAUCGCUAUACUUUCUACGAAAUCUUAAAGUAUAUUUUACGUCAUAUCACGGUCGGCAUAGAAAAAUAAAAUAAAAGCGAUAUGGCGGAUACGAGACUCUAUUUAAUUUGCAGCUUUGUUUCUAUUGGCGGAUUAAUGUAUGGGUACGACACAGCCGUCCUCACAGCAUGCCUCGCAUUGCCAGAAUAUCGCCGAGUGUUUUCGUUGAACAGUGAUGCAAAUGGCACCGCAGCCGUAGUGGUCUCGCUUGCUGCAUCAUUUUUCACCUCUUUGGUGUCUGGAUUUGCGGCAGACGGAAUUGGACGGAAAAAGUUCUUUUACGUUGCGGCUAUCUUUCAUAUCAUUGGGAGCAUUAUCCAGAUAGCCGACCUGCAGCUGACUGCAUUGCUAGUAGGAAGAGUUAUCACGGGCUCUACUGUUGGAAUGCUCAGCAUGUCUGUCCCUUUAUAUCAGAGCGAGAUUGCAAGUCCUCAGAACCGCGGUAGGAUUAUCACGCUAUAUCAAUUAGGCGUCACGCUUGGUUUCUGUAUUUCUUCUUGGAUCGCCUAUGGAACCGCGGAUCUAAUCAAUAAUUUGUCGUGGAGAGUUCCUGUUGGUAUCCAGAUCGUACCUGGCGGAGUCUUGUUGCUCGGUCUAUCAUUAAUCCCAGAAAGCCCUCGAUGGCUGAUCGCGCGUGAUCGAUAUAACGAAGCUCUGAGCAUUCUUGCGCAGAUCCGUGGGAAUAAAACAGACGAUACGGAAAUUCAAAUGGAAUAUACCAGCAUUGUUCAGGACGUGACCUUUGACAGAACAUUUACGUCAAGAAAGUUUUGUGCCUUGUUCAAAACGGGCAUCGAGAACUAUCGGAAACGGACAGUUCUAGGUGCAGGCAUCCAUAUCUUUACCCAGCUGACCGGUGCGAAUGCAUUGCUCUUUUAUUUACCGAGAAUCCUGCGAUCGGCAGGUUUGGCGGAAGUGCAUGCGGUCUUGAUAGGAAACGGUGUGGCUGGGUCUGUGAACUUUCUCGGCACCCUUCCAGUAUUCCUCUAUGUAGAUCGAUGGCCGCGGCGACGAAUUCUUGUGACUGGGGCAGCGCUAAUGGCAGCCUGCUUGUUCACCGUUGCAGGUCUCAUGGGCGGAUACAGCACCAUGGUGUCACCACCUCGGAUCCACCUGAAUCCGACCUCCUCGAUUGACGGCAUCAAUAUUGAAAUCCACAACCGCGGCGCCACCUACGGUAUCCUUGUCCUGCUAUGUGUUUUCAUUGCCUUAUUUGCACUAACCUGGGGGCCCGCCGGAUGGAUUUAUCCUGCCGAGAUUUACCCGCAGUUGAUUCGCGCUAAUGCCAUGGGUGUGACGACUGCAACAAGCUAUCUAUUCAACAUCAUUAUUACCCUUGUAACACCUAUUCUGUUCGAAACCAUACGUUGGGGCACGUAUGUUCUUUUUGCCGGGUUUUGCGUGGUCAUGGCAUUGGUGAUCCACAAGUUCUUUCCAGAAACAUGCGGUCGAUCGCUCGAAGAGGUGAACUUGAUAUUUAGCGGCGCGUUGGUGGACCAGCAACCCGGUGCACACCAUCCAGAAACGGCCGCAGAGGCUCUCUCAAAAAUGCAGCAAAUUCAAGUCAGAGACCGACGCAAGCGGCUGGCACAAGGUGGACGGUUGACGCUAUGGGACGAUGUACGGAUAUUGUCUUCCUCGUCGGAUGCGGCAAUUGCUAUGGAGCAGGCAGAUCUCGAGAAACGAUGAUAAUAGUAUUUGUCUCUUAUAAAUUAGUACACAAAUUAUGUAUAUGCGCUAACAACGUGUUUGUUGUUUUGUAAAUUUCAGAGUUGCCUUCUUUUUUUUUUGUAUAAACAUCUUCUUGCUAAUAAUAUUAUACUUAAUAUGUAAUACGGUCUAGGGCCGCUUUCUUCAACUCGAACUCCCUUCUGUAUCAUACGACUAGCUCAUGAACUUUG